UUAAUUUUUUUUAAAAAAUUAAUUUAGUUUUUUUGCCUAUAAAUACAUAUUCACCCUUGCCAAAAAUCAUUACCAAACCCAUCACGUAUUCUUCUCUAUCCUCUCCCUUAAAAUUCCCAUCUUCAAAUAAUUUCAACUUUACUCUUAAUUUCCCAAAUCCUGAAAAUCAAAACCCUUUUACUUGAAAAUCGAAACCCAUCAAAUCCCAGAAUUUGAUUUCUGCCAAAACCCAUCGAAUUUUCAUCCACCAUUGUUGUGUCAGUGUGUAAAUUUGCCCAAAAUCGAUUGAAUUAAUACAAAGAAAACAAGCAGACGCAUGAACUGGUUGAAAUCAAAUCUGGGAUUUUUAUCGUCAAAUUCAAAUCACUUCAUAACUUGUCUUUUGAUCUUUAUUCAUUAUUCACCUCAAUUGCGCCCUGCUUUUUUAUUAUUUAAUCUCACCAAUCAACCCCUUAAUUCACCAUUAAUUUCAUCUAAUUCAAUUUUAAAUAACUUGAAUUCUUUUUAAUUUGUGACGAUCAAUCAUCACCAGUCAAUGGAGCUCAAGAACAACAAGCGUAAUCGUCAAUUGCAUCAAGGUCUUUGCUACUCUACAAUGGAGGGGAAGCAGGCUACAUCACCAUCUGUCAUAGUUAUAGGUUCUGGUAUGGCUGGUAUUGCUGCAGCUCGCACUCUUUUUGACGCUUCAUUUCAGGUGACGGUGUUGGAGUCACGUGAUAGAGUUGGGGGUCGAGUAUGCACAGAUUACACAUUCGGGUUUCCAGUUGACCUUGGUGCUUCAUGGUUGCAUGGUGUAUGCAAUGAGAAUCCCUUGGCACCAGUGAUUGCUAGACUUGGCCUGCCUCUGUAUCGUACUAGCGAAGACAACUCCGUUUUAUACGAUCACGACUUAGAGAGUUAUGCUCUCUUUGAUUUGGACGGAAAUAAGGUGCCACCGGAGCUGGUUGUCAAAGUUGGAGAAACAUUUGAAAGUAUUCUAAAGGAGACGGAAAAAGUACGGGAGGAAUGUGUUGAGGACAUGUCUAUAAAACAAGCCAUUACAGUUGUCUUUGAAAGAAGACCCGAUUUGAAGUUAGAGGGACUUCCUCAUAAGGUACUACAGUGGUACUUAUGUAGGAUGGAGGGCUGGUUUGCCGCAGACGCCGAGACUAUAUCUCUUAAGGCUUGGGAUGAGGAAGUCCUCCUCCCCGGUGGACAUGGGCUUAUGGUGCGAGGAUACCUCCCUGUUAUAAACACACUUGCCAAGGGUCUAGAUAUUCGUCUGAACCACAGAGUAACAAAGAUUACGAGGCAUCACAGUGGGGUGAAGGUAACCGUAGAAAAUGGAGCUACUUUUGUAGCUGAUGCUGCGGUUAUUGCUGUUCCUCUCGGUGUUCUAAAAGCUGAUAUAAUUAAGUUCGAACCGAAGCUUCCAGAAUGGAAAGCAGAUGCCAUCUCUAAUCUAGGAGUCGGGAUCGAGAACAAGUUAAUUUUGCACUUUGAAAAGGUCUUCUGGCCAAGUGUGGAGUUUCUAGGUGUGGUUGCCGAGACUUCGUAUGGGUGUAGUUACUUUUUGAAUCUUCACAAGGCUACUGGUCAUCGUGUUCUUGUAUAUAUGCCUGCUGGAAAGUUGGCCAAGGACAUCGAAAAAAUGUCUGAUGAAGCCGCUGUCGAUUUUGCUUUUAAGCAGUUGAAAACAAUUCUUCCUGAUGCUUCCGCACCUAUUCAGUAUUUAGUGUCGCAUUGGGGAUCGGAUAUGAACUCUCUAGGCUCCUACAGUUACGAUACUGUCGGCAAGCCACAUGAUUUAUACGAAAGGCUUAGAGUUCCCGUUGACAACUUAUUCUUUGCGGGGGAGGCUACAAGCUCAAGUUAUCCUGGUUCAGUUCAUGGCGCAUAUUCUACCGGCCUACAAGCAGCCGAGGACUGCAGAAUGCGUGUCCUCGAACGAUAUGGCGAGUUGGACUUGUUCCAGCCUGUUAUGGGCGAGGACUCGAUUAGCAUCCCUCUCCUUAUUUCUAGGAUGUGAUCACAGCAUCUGUGAUUAUGUACUAAAAUUGUGGCUGUUGGUUAAUGCCAAUUACUGAUCUUGCUUUGUAAUUUAUAUUUUGUGUGAACAGUCUUUGUUUAUGUAUUUGUGAUCAACUUUCUUGAACUGCAAAUGUUUAUAAAUAAGGUUUUCGACUUUUCGUUC